GGCGCGCACACCGUCAGGGAGAGCCGGUGGAGAGAAUGUGAAGGUGGAACCGACUGAGCUGCUUUGUGUUAUAACUACUCCCAAUUUCUCCUCUGGCAAACACACACACACGCACACACACAGGAAAAAACAGGACCAGUAUACUAAUUUGUGUCUUUUCUUCAAUUUUGGUUUCUAUUCUGGUUUUCCCCGUGUUGUAAGAAAUGGACUGGAAGCAGCGUUGCGAAGAGUGAGGAGCAUCAUUUGCCUUCACCGGAUAUUCACUCUAAAUGACACAAUAUGGAUUCACUAUUCUGAGUGAGAUUGCCGCCUUCUGUAUGGGAUUCUUUUUCGACGAAACUGCCUUAUUUUGGAGAAGAACACCUUGGGCAUCAUGAGUUCCAGUGAGUAUCACCAUGGUUCUACAGUAGGGGAGCGAAGCACUGGGCCAAUUCGAUGUCAACGAUGUCGGGACGUGUGCAAAGGAGAGGUGGUUCGAGUUCAACAUACCCACUUUCAUGUCAAGUGUUUCACCUGCACAGUGUGCAACUGUGAUCUGGCGAGGUCAGGCUUCUUUCAGAAGAAGGGCGAGUACAUCUGCACGGCGGACUACCAGCGUCUGUACGGGACACGUUGCGACCGUUGUGACACCUUCAUCACAGGCGAGGUGGUCUCGGCUCUGGGACGGACUUACCACCCCAAGUGCUUUGUCUGCAGUGUCUGCAGCAAACCCUUUCCCAUCGGAGACAGAGUGACAUUCAGUGGAAAGGACUGCGUGUGCCAGCAGUGCUCUCACUCACUCGUUAAGCCAAAUGAACCUAUCAAAAUCCAUGGACCCAGCCACUGUGCCGGAUGUGGAGCAGAGAUCAAGCAAGGUCAAUCUCUGCUGGCGCUGGAGAAGCAGUGGCACGUCAGCUGCUUCAGAUGUCAGACAUGCAACAUGGUCCUCACCGGAGAGUACAUCAGCAAAGAUGGAGUGCCGUACUGUGAGGCAGACUAUCAUGCCCAGUAUGGGGUGAAAUGUGAGGCCUGCAGCAGAUAUAUAAGUGGAAGGGUUCUGGAGGCUGGGGGGAAGCAUUACCAUCCAACCUGCGCCCGCUGUGCCCGCUGUAAUAUGAUGUUCAAAGAAGGAGAGGAAAUGUACCUGACGGGAUGUGAGGUAUGGCACCCUUUAUGCAAACAGGCAUCAAGAGCAGAGAGGAGACUAAGGCAUAGACGCCUGUCAGAAACCUCCAUCUCUCCCCCAGGCUCCUCCAUUGGCUCCCCCAAUAGGGUUAUAUGUGCCAGAUUGGAGCAUGAGUUCCUAGAUUAUAAGGACCUAGCUGCUCUCCCAAAGAUCAAGGCCAUAUAUGCGGUCCAGCAGCCAGACCUCAUAUCCUCCUCAUACCAGCCCUACCACAGAUACACCUCUGAUGACAGGCUAGACACUUACAUCUAUGGGGAGUCUCUUGGGACAUUCUCUCCCUAUUCUCAGGAUUACGACUGCCUGGACAUAAAGCAGAGGCGAUGCUCCAGUCCAGGUUAUAUUGACUCCCCAACCUAUAGUCGUCAUGGGAUGUCACCUAUCAUGCCUCGCUCUCCGCAGCACUUUGGUUACCCUGGUUGCGAGAGUGGUAGGAGCUCACCUUAUUACGGCCAAGAGGGGCGGUCCACCACACCGACCACCAACCAGCCCCCAAAACAUUUUCAUGUACCAGCCACAGGGGAGCCCAACAUCUACAGGAAGCCUCCCAUCUAUAAGAGAACGGACAAUCAUUUGAAUGCAGCCACCAAGAGUAGGACCAGUGAGGACAUCCUUAGGUCCUCCAGGUUGUCCAGCUACUCUCCAGAGCCAUACACCCAGUCCGAGUGUGACUACUACCAAUACCCCAGCUCCCCCAGGGCCUAUCGAGUGCCAAGGAGACGGUUCUCGACAGGGGGAGAUGAAGAGAGUUGGAGUCACAGUCUUCAAAGAAUUGGGAGUGGCAUAGGGAGGAUGAUCCUUAAAGAGGAGAUGAAAGCCAGAUCUGGUUCCUAUGACAACGACCCCUGGGGCAGUGCAAGGAAUUCUUGUAGUGGGAGCAAGGAAACCCUCAACACGACAGGCUACAGCGCCACGGCCUACAACAACACCAUCAACGGAUCACCCCGAUCCCAAUACAGCACUGACAGCGAUUUUGUGUGCAAGUCUGCCUCACUUCCAGGAUAUGGACGCAACGGCAUGCAAAGACCUCAGAGUGCUGACUGCUACCAGUACCAGUAUGACAGCAACGAGGUGAACUGGGGAAGCAGAGAACACAAGAUUUACCCGUACGAGGCGCUCAUUGUGACCACCAGAGGGCGGAACAGGCUCCCUAAAGAUGUGGAGAGAGCCAGACUGGAGCGUCACCUUUCUCCAGAAGAGUUUGUCCAAGUGUUUGGCAUGACAAUGGAGGACUUCGACAGGCUGGCUUUAUGGAAGAGGAACGAGCUAAAAAAACAGGCCAGACUCUUUUAACAAUGUGUGGACGUGUGUUAGAUACUGCCAUACAUCCAGAGAGAAUCUGCACCGUUUCACUGCCAUGGCUGAGAACCUGUUCUUGAUCUCCUCAUGCAAUGAACCAAAUUGUGGGCACACCAGCACAGACUUGUGGGUUUACAGAAACAUUUAUGCACAGUAAACAAAGUGCUUGUGUGUUCCUGUGCUGGAGUGGUGUGUGAAAGCAAUACAGACUUGUAGGUGUAGAUGCCAUGUUGUGCUUUUCUUUAUGAUGAAGGACUGUGCCCCGAUUUUAACACCACGAGGAGAAUUUUGGCUUUGCCUUAUUUGUUAUGCUUUCUAAGUUUAAUGAGUGUGCAGCACCAGCAAUCUGAAUAAGUAGAAUGUAGUCCCAGUACAUCAUUUACGUCACUUUAUCUGUGUGAAUGAUGACAGGGCAAGAGUGGAUGACAGCUAGAAUAUUUCCUUUUCAUUUUUUGAACUCCGUUUCUUCCCCGGAUUGUACACUCACACUCAAAAUACUGUGUUCCUUGAUGCUAAGAAGUUACGGGAAGUGGGCUAAUUGUCUCAAAAAAUAACGGGGCAAACCAAAGUGACAAUGCAAAUAGGCAGAUUGACAGCACACAUAAAUGUGAUGUUACCCUAUUCAAACGAAUACAUUCACUGUGUGCUAACCUUUGAGAAUGUGCAAUACAUUUCAUUCAACAAUUGAAUCUUUCUGUUUGGUUGUUUUUAUUUUUUUGCUCAUUGCAAUAAGAUGUUGAUGAAAUGGUGGCCAUCGAUACACGAUUCAAAUCAUGAGUAUGAGUAAUAAAGAAAUGCUCUGGAAGGAAUUUCACGUUGCUAAAGAACCAGGGUUGACAUGUUUCCUUUUGGGUUUUGUCUCUAAAAUUAAAGUUAUAAUUACAUUUUGUCUUUUCAUUUAUAUUUGGACGAAAGCUUGAAAAAGAAAUACUGUACUAUGUAGUAGUAUUAAGCACAUCUAAUUACUGUAUAGUAGCUAAGGCUGGGCGAUACUGCAAAUUUUGGUAUCGAUCUGAGUAAAUAAAGGGCCAGUAUUGGCGAUAUAGAUACUGAUACCGAUAUUUAUUUUCUGUGAUUUUGCUCUUAAUUUGUGGAUCAUGAUUAUAAUCCUAAUAAGACGUGGGGCAAAGAUUUCAUUCCCUUGUAUUGAUCUGAUACAGCCACUACCAGUAGGAUCAUAUUAUCAAUAUUUGUAUUUGCACACCCCUGAGCACAAAACGUGCAGGUAUGUCACGUUGACCAAUGGAAAAUUACCGCAGCCUAUUUGUCUUAAAUAUGCAGAAUAUGAAUGCUGAGAUUACGUGUAAUUUCUGAAUACAAUUACAAUAGAUACACGUGAAU